AUGGUGCUUUUCCCCACCCACCAGCCCGUCAUCCCGGACAAGUGGCAGCGCUCAGCCUCGGAGGGCAGCACCAGACUGGACAUGUUUAAGCACAUCAGCCUCAUGACCUUGGACAGUCUGCAGAAAUGUGUCUUCAGCUUUGAUAGCAAUUGUCAGGAGAAGCCCAGUGAGUAUAUUGCUGCCAUCUUGGAACUCAGUGCCUUUGUAGAAAAAAGAAACCAGCAGAUUCUCCUGCACUCGGACUUCCUGUAUUAUCUGACUCCUGAUGGGCAGCGCUUCUGCAGGGCCUGCCGCCUGGUGCACGACUUCACAGACACCGUCAUCCAGGAGCGGCGCCGUACCCUCCCCACUCAGGGUACUGAUGAUUUCUUCAAGGACAAGGCAAAGUCCAAGACUUUAGACUUCAUUGAUGUGCUUCUGCUGAGCAAGGAUGAAGAUGGGAAGGAGUUGUCUGAUGAGGAUGUAAGAGCAGAAGCUGACACCUUCAUGUUUGGGGAUGAGGGUCUCAGUGUGGGACUACAGUGGGGACAGGAGACUCUCCGUCCCAGGGACGUGGUGGGUAAACCCUAGAUCACUCCAAUCUGCCCGUCCUCCCCCUCCCUACACUCUCCCUGAGGGCCUGAAAGUAUGGCUGCUGUCCACCAUCUGGUGCUGAAGCAGCUCAGAAAGCCAGUUUUGCUUGGCUGUCCUUCAGACCAUGACACCACAGCCAGUGGUCUCUCCUGGGUCUUAUACCACCUUUCAAGGCAUCCAGAAUACCAGGAAUGCUGCCAGUAAGAAGUCUGAGAGCUUCUGAAGGACCAUGAGCCUAUAGAGAUUGUUGAAACCCCCCUCCCCUGCACAGAGACUGUCCGGCAGGUAUGGGGCUGGAAGGCUUUGCAUAGCCUCAGAGUCCUGGGACCCAAACUUUUACUCAGACCACGGGAGCAGGUGAGGCAAGAGUUGGGCAAGGUAGACCUUUAAUCCACCUCAUAGACUGGAGUGUGGGCUUAUGGCGUUUCUCCUUUCACCCAAUUAGCUUUCACUUUCAAUGUAUCUCUGUGCAGAAGGCUCAACUAGGUGUGUCAGACAUUGUAAAUCCUCCACAUAAAUUAUAGUUUAACUGGAAUACAGAGACCAGGUAGGAGGAGGAGAGGAAAGGUAGAGAUAUUUAUCUCUUCUCCUUUAUUAGAAAGAAACCUGGCAUAAGAAAGUUCAUGCUUCAUGGGCCAAAGAGUAAAUCAGAAAUCUGCAGGGGUGAUGCCCAUGGUGGUGGUGGUGGGGGGAAUUCUCUGCCCUGGGACCUCCCUUGAAUUAAUUUCUCCCCAGGACAAUGGGAAAUAACAUUUAAUCCUUGGAGGAUUUUGUUUGUUUGUUUUUUGCCUGAGAGUGACUCUGAUCCUGUUUCUCAUGGUCGUGCUCCUCAGCAUUGUACUGAGUAAGUCACUGGCCUUGUAGCAUCUGGAGUGACCCAAGAUCCCCAGUUCCCACGUCACAAAUGAGGAUCCCACAUACUUGGGGAAGAAGUGGAACAUUAUUUCUGGGUGUGUCUGUCUAAUCUAUUCAUCCUAUCUGUCUAAUUU